AUGUCCGCUCUGUCCGGUAUGUCCGCUCUAUCCGCUCUGUCCGCUCUAUCCGCUCUGUCCGCUCUAUCCGCUCUAUCCGCUCUAUCCGCUCUGUCCGGUAUGUCCGCUCUAUCCGCUCUUUCCGGUAUGUCCGCUUUAUCCGCUCUGUCCGGUAUGUCCGCUCUAUCCGCUCUUUCCGGUAUGUCCGGUCUGUCCGGUAUGUCCGCUCUAUUCGCUCUGUCCGCUUUAUCCGCUCUAUCCGCUCUGUCCGCUUUAUCCGCUUUGUCCGCUCUGUCCGGUAUGUCCGCUCUAUUCGCUCUGUCCGCUUUAUCCGCUCUGUCCGCUCUUUCCGGUAUGUCCGCUUUAUCCGCUGUGUCCGGUAUGUCCGCUCUAUUCGCUCUGUCCGCUUUAUCCGCUCUAUCCGCUCUGACCGCUUUAUCCGCUCUGUCCGGUAUGUCCGCUCUAUCCGCUCUUUCCGGUAUGUCCGCUCUAUCCGCUCUGUCCGCUUUAUCCGCUCUGUCCGGUAUGUCCGCUCUAUUCGCUCUUUCCGGUAUGUCCGCUUUAUCCGCUCUGUCCGGUAUGUCCGCUCUAUCCGCUCUUUCCGGUAUGUCCGGUCUGUCCGGUAUGUCCGCUCUAUUCGCUCUGUCCGCUUUAUCCGCUCUAUCCGCUCUGUCCGCUUUAUCCGCUUUGUCCGCUCUGUCCGGUAUGUCCGCUCUAUUCGCUCUGUCCGCUUUAUCCGCUCUGUCCGGUCUGUCCGGUCUGUCCGGUAUGUCCGCUCUAUUCGCUCUGUCCGCUUUAUCCGCUCUGUCCGCUCUUUCCGGUAUGUCCGCUUUAUCCGCUGUGUCCGGUAUGUCCGCUCUAUUCGCUCUGUCCGCUUUAUCCGCUCUAUCCGCUCUGACCGCUUUAUCCGCUCUGUCCGGUGUGUCCGCUCUAUCCGCUCUUUCCGGUAUGUCCGCUCUAUCCGCUCUUUCCGGUAUGUCCGCUUUAUCCGCUCUGUCCGGUAUGUCCGCUCUAUUCGCUCUGUCCGCUUUAUCCGCUCUAUCCGCUCUGUCCGCUUUAUCCGCUUUUUCCGGUAUGUCCGCUCUAUCCGCUCUUUCCGGUAUGUCCGCUCUAUCCGCUCUUUCCGGUAUGUCCGCUUUAUCCGCUCUGUCCGGUAUGUCCGCUCUAUUCGCGCUGUCCGCUUUAUCCGCUCUAUCCGCUCUGUCCGCUUUAUCCGCUCUGUCCGGUAUGUCCGCUCUAUCCGCUCUUUCCGGUAUGUCCGCUCUAUCCGCUCUUUCCGGUAUGUCCGCUUUAUCCGCUCUGUCCGGUAUGUCCGCUCUAUUCGCUCUGUCCGCUUUAUCCGCUCUGUCCGCUCUGUCCGGUAUGUCCGCUUUGUCCGGUAUGUCCGCUCUAUUCGCUCUGUCCGCUUUAUCCGCUCUGUCUGCUCUGUCCGCUCUAUCCGCUCUGUCCGGUAUGUCCGGUAUGUCCGCUCUGUCCGCUCUGUCCGGUAUGUCCGCUCUAUUCGCUCUGUCCGCUUUAUCCGCUCUGUCUGCUCUGUCCGCUCUAUCCGCUCUGUCCGGUAUGUCCGGUCUGUCUUGUCUGUCUAGCUGGAUUUCGUGA